AUGUUCUUCAGCAGCCGGUCCGCCCUCGUUUCUGCCUUCCUGCUCGUGGCGUCAGUUCAGCAAGGCUUGGCUGUCUGCUCUUCGGGUCAAAUGGGUGAGUAUUCCGUAUUGCUGUCUUCUCCGGUCUUGGCUCAUAUCGUCCUUGCAGCUGUCGGUACUGAAUUUCUUCAAGAGUUCACUGGGCCUAAUUCCGCCUUCAACGAAUAUAGUGGCUUCUUGAUGGCAAACAACUGUGGCCUCAUCGCGCAGAACGGCCUCACGCAGGCUACGGACCAGAUGUGCAAAGGUGGGUACAACAAGGGUGCCUCGGUUACGUGCGACAGCAGCGGAAACCCUAUCGCUGCUGUUGAUACAGAGGGCCAGAGUUGGACGUGCUCUGCGACGAACGACGAUAGCUGUGAUGUCGGAGGCUCUGGAGGAAGAUUCACGGUCCUGGCUUGCUGCAACCGUAAUUAG